UGGACUGAUUUUUUUUAAAGUACGUACAAGGAGCAGCAUGGUGCCUGUCCAGUGUCCCUCGAUCAGUAAUCUUCAAGGGCCCCCUCGCCCCCCCCCCCUUCCCCGCUGUUGAUUCCUUCGGAAGAGCGGUCAACCAAUUAACCAAACGUAAACAUGAGUCAGGCAACAGUUCAUAAUCAAGUAUUGUUUUUCAGCAAACGAGAUCAGUUAUGAUUUCAAUUCUUUUUGUACUAUUUUUUAUAUUGGGCAGGGAAAUUGGUUCAAGGAUGUUUUUGUCGUGCCUGGAGUUCCAGGGCCCAUUUUGGCACAGGUGCGUAGUUGGUAUCUUGCUUCCAGAAUAUUUCCGCAGGAUUGAUGACGAAAAUACAAGAUUGAAAUCACGUCUUUAGUUAGAUUGAUAGUAAUAUCGAACCAUGCGAAGGUAUAUUUAGUGUAAGAAAAACGAGUCCUGUCUGUGUCACAUGAUUCAACCAUGAUUCAACCGCAGCAAAUGGAUUUACGUGCGUGAUCCCUGCGAUCCCACAUCCAAGUUUUGCAUUCACUUCACAUGCCCCUUCAAAGAGAACUUCUACAUCUCGUCCAACAAUUAUUCUCUACAAGAUUUUCGCCAAUACGAGUUACGUACUUCCAAAUUUAUUUGUUUUGAUCAUGGGUAAACUAACCUGCGAGUGUCUGAACAUCAACAUUCACACCAAGGGAGAUGACCUUCGACCUUUGGACCCCACCCUCCUUGGCCUGUCCAUCGACCAACUGAGGGCGCCCUUCUUUGAACGUGACAUCGCCGAGGUGCAGUUGGACUUGGGCGGAGUCACAGAGGAGCAGAAGUACCUUGUGCACAAGACAACAGUCGCAGACUGGUGUAUCAGGACCUGUGUUAACUGCAAGAUACCGGCUUACGCUACCCAUGCAACCAAGGGCUUGGAAAGGGUGCUAGUUAACACCAGACUUGUGAGCGAUGAGACGAGACAAGAUAGUAUCCAGUCAUCGGCAGCGUUCUCAACGCUGUACAAAGUCGUCUUGGCGGAUAGUGGAGAGAAAUCAAACAGUUCAUCAUUAGUACAUCCAAUGACUGGUAACCAGGAGGUGAUAAGAAAGACAGUAGCCCAGCUACAAGAUCAUCUCAACAAAUAUAUCAGCAGAGAAAAACUAGCCAUGGAAGAAAGAAUAAGGAGAUAUAGUGAGGAACAAAAGGCAGCAUUCAGCCAGCUGCAGAAGAGAGCAUACCAGGAUAAAAAUGUUAUGGUUGGUGUCAUCCUAAAUGCUGAAGAGAGAAACCUGGAAGACUCGCUAUCAGAUGCUAUGUUGGACAAUACCCUAACCCCACCUACCACGCCCAUUUCAAGGCCUGGGACUGUACAAACUAGAUCAUCAGACAAACUUGCCUCAUCUGUACCAGCAUCGAGAGCCCCUAUGGGUAAAUUCACUCCGUCCAUGGCCAAGAGCCGACCCAUCCCACAGCAAGCUAGAAGAGUACCGCAUAGCAGUAUUGCUAGAUCCGUUCCUGCCCAUACAACUCACCGUGAAGUCACAAGAACAAGCUCAGAUGCAGACACCAUGUUUGAUCUUGAAGGAUUCACCCAAGACGAAGAACCUUUCUUUGAGUCUGAUGAGAGCAGUACGGACGAUAAUUCGCUGAAUGAUGAGAAUGUUGGAGCACCGGUGACCAGAGUGCAUCACGAGUAUGCGACCUCCGUACCCAUCUCCAUGCCGAUGUGGAAGAAGGAGAAGCACUCGUUCGAAGAGGAAGCGGAAGAGAAGGUCCCAAUGCCAGAACCCGAUCACAUGGUUGCCAGUAUGAGGGCGCUGUCAUUCAGCGUCAACGACGGAACGGAGAUGUUCGGCGACCUCCCGAGGCCGAGAUUAAACACUGCCGGCGAGGUCCCGAUCAAGAAAGGUGCGCGGAGAUUGUAGUUUAUAAAUUCUAGCUUGUAGAUUAUAGCUUAUAGAUUAUAGAUCAUAUUGCAUAGAUACUGUUUGUGGUCAGAAGGAGCGAAACCAUAUAUACUUUAUAAAUUUGUAUUUUGGCGGUGGCUUUAUCAUUACAAAGGUUUCAUUUUUGCGCAUUUCGUGAAUGAGUUCUCAUAAUUUUUUUUUUACUUUAAUGGUUUAUAUUUAUCAUAGGGAAACGUCACGCAAAGCUUGAAUUCAAAACCUUGCGCACAAUCGCCACCUACUGCAAAAUAGUUGGAAUAUAUGGUAUCAUUGGUAUGUAUAGCGUAAUUCUGCCCAUUUGCGUUCAGAACUGAUUAUCCCUUUAUUUAUCGUAUGGAAUCAGACAUUUCUGUAACCGAAUGGGUGAAAAGAAACUUGAUUUUCCUUCUGGUUACAAACAGAUUUUAUAUUUUCAUCCCUUUGGGAGUUGUAAUAUUAACAGAAAAUGCCAAAUAUGCUGUUGAGAAAAUAACUUUGUUGAAAGAAAAUUGAAACUUUAGAAUGUCGGGGUCCUGUUUCAUAAAAUCUGUGGUCAGUUAGAAAUGCUCGAAAUCUGUAACAAUGUAGCGCUUGGCCAAUUUCAUCGCAGGAUUUUGAUAGCUUUUAACAUUAGCGUGGAACUUGCCUUUGAUAGCAGGUUUUAUGAAACAAGAUUCUUGUUUACUGAUUGUUGAUACAAGGGGGCCGUUUCAAGAUGUGAGUCGUCAAAUUGUUAACGACUCUAGAUCAACUGGUUUGUUUCCUAAAAAUGAAAGUCUGACUAAAAUUAAACCUAAAUUUGCAUGUGAUAUGACUCAUUACCUGUAUUGGUUAGUUAGUUCAUGCUUAUUAGCAAUAAGUGUUACAUAAUGUGCACAUUUGCACUUAGCAUGAAUAAAGCCCUCGGUACACCUUACGACUGGUCCACAAUCCGAUUUUGGAACAAAUCACAUUUUGCUUAUCUUAUGAAAAUGUGUGAAAAAUAUCUUCUUUUAUUUUUGAGGUUCAAAUUAACUGCAAGAAUACUAAUAUAACAAUUUUGGAUGAUUGCAUGCCUUUUUUCUAGAAUAAAGGCUAAAUCAGCUUCAAAUCGCAGCCAAUCGUACGAUUGCUAUGAGUCAUAAUGACUAUAGUCAAUUCACUUUUGUACUAAUGAUGAUGGUAGCUUAGUCAUAGAUUUGAACAUGAGUAUUUGUUCAAUAAUCUGGAACUGUACACAGUAAGAUGUUCAAUUUCUCGAUAUUCACAUCACAUUUUACCAUGUUUCAUUCCAAAAUCUGGUUUUAGACCAAUCCUGAGGUGUGUGGUUGCUUUUAGUCCCACUUAACUCUUUUGUGAAACACCCCCCUGGAACAUAUGUUUUUGGUAACGAGUCAGGCAUCAUUAUGGAAUGUUGCUGUGUGUAUUUAUUGUAGGAUAGGAUCUAGUCAGGGUUUCAUGGUCUUGUGAAAUGAAUUCGGAAAGAAAAUCGUGGAAGCGGGGAAAAUAGAAACUAGAAUUUAAAUGCAAUAUUUUUUCGGGCAUGACCACUUUUCUGUGGGGCACAUUUCUGUGUUACAUUUAUUGCCCGUUUGAGGAGAAGGGCAUGAUCCUUGCUGUCAAAUUUGAUUGUUUAAAAUAUUGAUGUGUUUCUUCUGAGCCAGUGAGUAACUGUUACACCAUUUUCAGUGCAUGGGACUGUACUAUGUAUAAAUGCAGGCACAAAUUGAUAACAUAAUAUGCAUUGUGUGGGACGUGGCUAUACUUGGUAAUGCCAGUUGUGUUGGGUCUUCCUUUGAAGUAUGUAUUGUGUUUAUCGCUAACAAAAAAACAUCAAAUUGCGUAGAAAGCUAUGAAGUUGAAAUUGAUAGAAUUAAAUGAUUUUUUGGGCAAAAUUUGUACCUUGUUUGCCAACCUUUUUGUUAUAUUUCAGAGCCAAGUAACUUUUUUCAAAAUACUUGUAGGCAGCUGUCACCAUGGUGAUUUGAGCAUACUUAAAAUUCAAAUUUUGGUAGGAUAAAACUUGUAUACUGGAACAUAUAUAUGUUCAUGUUGUAAUUCUGCAUAUUUCUCCAAAUUUGUCGUGCUUAAAACCAAGCAGGUAGCUUAUUUUACAAAAGAGUUGGUCUCUUCUGAGAUGAAGAAAAGCUUUUUGCCCUUUUAGGGGUUUGAAUUGUUGGAAUGUUUGUUGAAUAUAUUAAUAAUUGUCUCAUUUGAAUAUUCCAUAUAUGCAUGCAACAUGGUACAUCAUAUAUAUGUUUGUUGCUAUAUAUUUCAUACACAAGUUUUGAAUGUGUGCAAAUGUAGCGUACAGUUGCACUUUGUAUAAACUUUCCUCCUUAUACAGACAGUUGAUGUGUUUUGCACAUAUAUUGGUGAAAUAUUUGUAAGGAAUAUAUAAUAAUGCCACCCAAACCAACAUCAUUAUUCUUCUUUCAAUCUUCGAUGUCGUACACGCUCCCAGAGGCGGACAUAUUGGAGGUCAAACAAUAAAAACCUGUGCAUGAAAAUCAUGAUAAAUCAUUGUUUUUAUGGUCUAAUGCAGAUAGGAGUGUUGAACUCGAUUCUUGUACUUAUUCUAGGAAUGGAUUAAAUAUGGUUAAGACUAUAUUGGCGUUGAUUCGGCAGACUCAGCACCCAAUAGGGUUUAUUUAGUCCGACUACGCGUCAUGUAUAUUUAUGGAAACAGAUUACAUGGUAAUUUCCAAUGCAUCGAUCAGCUUGACUAUUGUGGCGCGAUCGGUACACCGAACAAUGCGCUAUUGUGACUUUACUACAGUCAGGAUCAUUGAUGCAGGUUCGAGUCUCGCCUUGAACGAUUUUUUAAAGAUCUCUUGUUUUAUUAAAAUUCGAGGCAAGACCCUGAAAAAAUGAAGUCCAAGAUUUGAAGUCUGAUUCAAAGCCUCAAAACACAGAGUUAGGCUUUAUUGUAUGGUUAUGAGUCUGCCGAAUUGAUGCCAGUAUAACCAUUACCGGUAAGUAUAAUAAUAAUAAUAAUAAUGAUAUUUAACAAUUGUAAAGCGCUUAAUAAAAAUGUUUCUAAGCGCUGCAUACUAUUACUGCGACUUAAGCAAGGCUGCCCUGAUCUGGCGCACGAGCAUUCAAGGAAUUCCUUCCCACCGGGUACCCAUUUACUACACCUGGGUGAAGAGUGGCAAAUGUAGAUAAACGACGUGCCCGAAGGACGCGAGUGCUGCGGUGGGAUUUGAACCCCGACCUUGUGGUUCAAGGUCAGGAGACUUAUCCAGUGAGCCACAACACCUAUACUGCCUAGUGUUUGCAUGAGGCAUACACACCUUUCUUGGUAUAGGGUUAUGUUACAGUCACACUGAGGCAACCGACUCCAAACCGACCAAUGUUAUGACAUUGAUAAUAAUGUAAUAGCUUUGAUCGGUCUGGACUUGGUUGCACCGAUGUGACUGUGCCGUUGCUGUUGUUAAUCAGUCUGCCGGCACAGACUGUAAUUGCCACUUCUACUUCAUGCCUGUGUCUUAUAUGACAAUCACAGUCACAUUUAUUUUUUAAAAGUGUUUAAUUAUGAAAUACCCAUAUUCAAUUAUUUUUCUUUAUUUUUUAUAUGAAUUCAUUUAGCGUCAUGAAAAGAUUCAUUAUUUAUUUUUGAAAAAUUUAUUCUGUUUUGUGUUAUUUCAUUGUUUUUUCAAAUUUUAUUUAUUUGUAAUUUAUAUUUUUUGUUGGGGGGGGGGGUUAAAAUAAGAGGACAAUUUUCAGGUUGUAUACUAAAAGCAUGCUCACUCCUAGAUUUUGUUAUGGUCAUUGACAGUUGUGUGACAGUGGUGACCGUCUUGACCAUUCCGAACAGAAAUUCUGAGAACGGCUCUUUUUCAGUCUACUUAACAGUCUACAUCAGGGGCCCGUUUCUUAAAGGACUUACAACUGUUCUAACUUUGCCAUUACGGCAACUACCAUGGUAACAGGGCUCAGCAGCCAAUCAUUAUCAAGGUUGCCAUGGUAGUUGCCAUAAUGGCAAAGUUACAACAGUUGCAACUUUUUAUGAAACGGUCCCCUGUUGUAUUACUGUUUACUAUGAUCUAGGUCUUUAAUUGCAUAUGGUAUUAUUGUAUUAUGGCAUAACUACAGUAAAAAUGUGUGUCGAUCAAUAGCCAUUAACCAUCAGUCAUGAUCAACACUAGACUAGACCAUUGCUCUAGUGAUAAUCACUAUGGAUUUUUCUAUGAAUUCCUUCCUUUUAACAAGGUUAUACAUCCAAUCGGUUAUAAAUAAAUGAAAUAAAAAUGAAAUCUUGGUUCAUUGCAUAUAUAACAUGUUGCUAUGUCUUGCAAGGCCCUGGAAAGUUAUAAGCUUAUCAUGAAUAACCUUUAUUAGAAAGGAAGUAUGCAUGAAAUAUGAUUAUGAUCAUAGGUCUGUUGUAUGGUAUAUUGUUGACAAAUUCAUGAGACAUGUAUUUAUUUGUGCUACAUUAUAUACAAUCAGUAUUUAGUAGUCGACAUCAACGAUAUCAAAAUGGAAUGUUUUAAAGUAUUGUAAAUGUGAUAAGUUUCCUACUUGAUCAUAAAUAAUUAUCUUUGCAUGGACUGUUAAAGCUUGGUAAAGUGUCAUUAAUAUGAAUUUGCAGGAUCAUGUAGCUUACCAAUAUCUAGAUUUUUACAUUAAUGCUAAACAUUUUGUUUGUAAUGGCCUCCAGAAUCAAACCAACACAUGUUAAUAGAUUGAAAAUGAAGAGGCUCCCCUCACUUACCGAUUAUUGUCUUCGUCACAGACCCUAAAAAAUUCUUUAAACAAAUGAGCAUUGAGACAAGUCUAGCUGUAGCUCAAAUUUCUGGGCUGUGUGGCAUGCACCUUUAAUCAAAGUUACACUGGGGAAGUUACAAACCGCCCUUUCACACAGUAAAAAAAAUGUGCAAUUUGAAAGAUGAUUCCAGUGAAAAAUAACGCUAAUGACGAAUAUUUAGCACGUGUGAAACCAAACUAGAACAUGAUUUGAAUCACAAAAGAUAAUCACAGUCACGAUUACAAUAGCAAUCAUUAUUACAAUGACGAUUCAAGAUUCACGUGUGAAAAGGCCCAAACUGAUUGUUAGUUGUUACACUUCCUUAAAAACCCAUUUACACUCACAUUGCUAGAUGUAAAUUUAAGGGAAUGUGUUCAGUACCCAUUGCAAGCCCCAUUUAGCUCAAUCAAAUUUUUUAGCAAAACCAGACCACUUUCGAAAUUAAAACCCAGGAUUUUUUUAUUGUGAAGUAGAUUGAUUAUGUUGGCAUGCUUUGAUAUAAAUGUGCUAUGAUUUUCCGUCUGUGUUUCAUCCGCUUCCUGGAAUGAUAUUUUGUAGAGCACUAUAUCCAUGAAAUGUUUGGUGUGGAGCUUAUAUGCCCAGAUUAUGAUUUUGUGCCUUGAAUGUAUUAUUACUAUGUACUAUUGAAAAAGAGAAAUGGUUAAAUGAUAUCUUGUUGAAGGUUGUGUAUGAUGAUAAUCUUCACACUUCUUGGUCAAUGUUUGUAUCACGAGUGAGACAUUAAAAUGGCCAUAUAUGGUGUUUUAUUUGCAAUAAUA